AUGCCUGGCUUUACCUGCUGCGUGCCGGGCUGCUACAACAACUCGCACCGGGACAAGGCGCUGCACUUCUACACGUUCCCCAAGGACGCUGAACUGCGGCGCCUGUGGCUCAAGAACGUUUCUCGCGCCGGCGUCAGUGGGUGCUUCUCCACCUUCCAACCCACCACCGGCCACCGUCUUUGCAGCGUCCACUUCCAAGGCGGCCGCAAGACCUACACGGUGCGCGUGCCCACCAUCUUCCCGCUGCGUGGCGUCAAUGAGCGCAAAGUAGCGCGCAGACCCGCGGGAGCUGCGGCUGCCCGCCGCAGGCAGCAGCAACAGCAACAACAACAGCAGCAGCAGCAGCAGCCGUCGCCGUCGGCCUCCACUGCCCAGACUGCCCAGCUGCAACCGAAUCUCGUGUCUGCUUCGGCGGCCGUGCUCCUCACCCUUCAGGCUGCGGUAGACAGUAGCCAGGCACCGGGAUCUGUAACCGCGGCACCCACCACUCCCACCGGAGAAGACGUGAAGCCUAUCGACCUGACGGUGCAAGUGGAGUUUGCAGCUGCAGAGGGCGCCGCUGCCGCAGCAGCCGCUUCUGAGCUGGAGGCUGCUACCGCCGGGUUGGAGGCUGCGGAAUGCCCUAUGGGUCCGCAGUUGGUGGUGGUAGGUGAAGAGGGUUUCCCUGAUACUGGUUCCGACCAUUCAUACUCAUUAUCAUCAGGCACCACGGAAGAAGAGCUUCUGCGCAAGCUGAACGAGCAACGGGACAUCCUGGCGCUAAUGGAGGUAAAGAUGAAGGAGAUGAAGGGCAGCAUCCGCCACCUGCGUCUCACUGAGGCCAAGCUUCGUGAAGAACUCCGUGAGAAGGAUAGGCUCCUGGCCAUGGCUGUCAUCCGCAAGAAGCAUGGAAUGUGA